UUGACAUUUUGUUUAUGUCAUCAGCUAUGGUUAUCAGCAACUAUAUUCAAUCGUUAAUAAUGGAUUUUAUUAAAAGUAGUGAUUAUUUUGCAUUUGUAUUCACCUAUUUAGCAAGGCAUUAGACUGAAGUUUCGCUAUCAGGCCAAUUUUUAUAAUUGUAGCGUAAACAAAUAUAUUUAUGUAUCUGCAAAGAUGUCAUCUAAUUUUAAAUAUACAUUGAUAAAAAUUUAUAAAAAUUAUCAAAAAUAUGUGCCAGAGUUAGAAUCAACCAUUGUUUUGCGAGCUAUUAUUCAAAUAUGUGUUCACUACAUUGAGACGAAGUCCUGCUCCAAAGAAACGCUAGACCGGGCAGUUAAAAAGUUGCAAGCAGCUAAUCACGAUGUUCCAGAACACUUUUGUGAACUUUUUUCUGCGAUAUUACAGCUGAUACAGCUAUAUUUACGUUACCCAAAAGGUAUAGUAAAGGACGACGAACUGAGAGAAUCACUUAAGGAACUUCGAUUUCGUGAUGAAUGCACCGAAGAUAUCGUUCGAGUCUUGCACCAGCAUUGCGACUCGCUAAGCUUCAGUUACCGAGAAAUGCGAAAUCUAAGAUCGCCACCGAGGCGAAUGGUUUGGCGGAUUAAUGUUUCUUUCCUGGACAGGUCAUCUUCACUUCCGACAAUCAUUAUACAUAUUCAGAAAACUGAUGGUGAGUUUUUAAGUUUUGAAAUGAAUGAGGCCAUGUUUCACAGGCUCCGUUUCAACGUAGCUUCUCUGCUACAUGAAUUGCAAACACUGGAAAGACGACAGAGUAUGAAAAAAUCGUGAAAAUUUUACCUCUUUGUAGCAAGAUUACAUAUUAUUUUACCAUUUCGAUUCGUAAA